AUGUCGGGACCUCAAAUCAGCCCAAAUGGAAGUCCCCAACAGAGCCCUACCCUGGGGCCCGCUGCGUCACCUGCAGGUUCCACGCAGGCCAAUGAGGCCAGGUUGCUUGAGAUUCUGGGAGCGAUGCAGCAAAACCAGCAGGUGUUGACACAGCUGCUGCAAAACCAGCAGCAGCAGCAAGCGCAAGCUGCGCCAGGUUCAGGCCCAAGCUCUCCCACGAGCCCGACUGGGCUUGCAGCAAAGGAUCUAAGCAAGGUCCUAAAGCACCCUGUGGUCUUUGUAGGAAAGACUAGGGAAGAAGAGCUGGUUCGCUGGCCGAUUUGGUCGUGGGAGUUUGAACAGUACCUAAGCACCCUAGAUAAGGAGUUCAAGCUUGACUUCAAGCGUCUUCGUGACAAUCCGAAAACCCCUGUAGCUGUGACAGAUUUUACAGAAAGGGAGAUGGACCGAUCAAGGAUUGUUUACGGGUUGAUGGCUUCGUUGUUGAAUGAUCGCCUUAAGCGGGUGUUGAAGACUGUAGAAGAGAGCAAUGGCUAUGAGGCCUACAGACAAAUUGCUCUGGACCUGCGACCUUCCUCAAGGACCCGUGCGCUGGCCCUCUUACAGACCAUUCAUGCAUGGCCUACCUUCGACAACAAGCAAGGGUUGUUGAGUCAGGUUUUGAGACUUGAACAAGCGAUGGCCGAGUAUGAUGCGAUUGCCUCACAGUCCUUGUCUGAUGAUCAGAAAGUUGCUUCGUUGCUACGUUGCCUCACUGGGCAACUCCGUCAGCAUGUGAAUCUCGUGAUGGAGGACAGCUGGACAUACAGUGAACUCAGAGCACUUGUGUCUAGGUAUGAUGCUUCUUCGUCAAAAUGGAGUGCGUCUGUUGCAGCAACAUAUGGGCUUUCUGAGGGCAAGGGAGGUGGAUUCGUAGAAGAGCCAACGCCAAUGGAGAUUGACCUCCUCAACAAUAAAGGGCCGAGUGGUAAGAAGGGUGGUAAGCGUGGCAAAGGGGGAAAAUGGGGAAAGGGUGAUAGUGGCAAAAGUCCCAAGGGCGGAAAAGGGGGUAAGACCCACAGUCCACAGCACCCUAAAGGCUCAGCCGGGCGAAACCCUAACCCUAAUGCAAAUCCUGCUGCCAACAAGAAAUGCCAUAACUGCGGAAAGAAGGGGCAUUUUGCCCGUGACUGCCGACAGCCGAAGAAGGUUCGUCAGGUUGACAAUGCUGCGUCAGCCGAUGCUGCGGCCUCUGAAGAGGCAAGCGCCAAAGCCAAGGCAGGUGCGAAGGCCCAGGUCCGUCGCAUUGCUUUCGAUCUCGAGGACUAUGAUGAGUCACCGAGUGCUGUGAGCCAUGUCCGAAUGGUUCAGCGUGAGAUCCAGUGUGAGAGCCCUGCUGUGGAUGAGGUUCAUGGCAAGGACGUCAGGCCGAGUUUCAUGCUGAGGGUGUGGAACGUUUUCCAGAAGUGCGUGCCGAGGCGGUGUGUUUGGCAUAAUGCAUCGUUGAGCGGUCGUGCUGAGCAGAACAGUGACAUGCCAGUUGCUGGUCCGAUGUGUGGGGAUGUGCGUAUGCUGAAACAUGCCCAUGGAGAGUUCCCUGGCGUUGAAGUAGAAAUGAUACUGGAUUCAGGCGCUGAUGCUUCAUGCUUGCCUGGAAACAUGUCAGACUAUGGUGUGCCAGUAGCAGUCGAGGAUGGCGUCUUCCAGGAUGCUCAGGGCACCAGAUUGAACAUCCAAGGAUCGAAACGUGCUGAAGUGACGUUUGCUGCAAGUGAGGAAGGUCAGGUGACCGCCAUCAAGGAGAGCUUCCUGAUAGCACCCCAUGUGACGUCACCACUCCUAGCAGUUGGCAAACUCUACAGAGCUGGUUUCGAGUUGCGACAUGUUGGUGGCAAUAUGAGGUUGUGCAGCCCAGACAAUCAGGUUCAGAUCCCUGUGUACUUCAAGCAGAACAGUUUAGCCGCGAGAUGUUACGACGGCCUUCCAUCGCGAUGGACAAGGCAUUAUUUCUGUGGCUGUAUCACGAAAUUUUUCUUGGGGAAAAAUUUCUGGUUGCGUUUGCGGUGUUUUGUUUUAAAACGGGACGUGUCCAUUUGUGAUGCACACACAUGCACGCAUCAUGACAUUUAA